ACAGGCGAUAUGAAGGCAUUGGUCGCUGCUUUCUGCACACUUCUGGUGGUCGCAGUAGCAGGUCCACUCCCUGUUGCUGCGCUUCCUGAAGAAGGUGUUUCUAAUGUGCUCGAUGGUGAAGCGAAGGCACUGUCGAGCAAUUUGCUCGAUGCAGAAGCCAAGCACGCCACCAAUCAAUCUGUAACGACGGGCUUCUUUCUUCGUGAAUUCCCUGAUGCCGUUUCAGAAGACGAAGACCGAAGAAGCAAGGCUGGCCGAAACUUCAUUGACACGAUCUGGUCCAAGGUCAUGGAAUUCUUCCAAAAAGCAGAGAAUAAGCUCAAAAAAGUCGAGAAAGCUGUAAACGACGCUAUGAAAAAAGCUGGAGAGAAAGUAUGUGAUUUUUUUGAGAAGAUCCUCGGCAUAUAAUUAGCUGCCCGCGUGACUACGGAAUGGUAUGCACGGGACAAAUCUUCAGAGAACAUCUACAUACUGAGUAAUGAGCACUUGCGCGUUACACAGCCUGGAUGUUACCAAGAGCUUCAUUUGGUGAAAUAAACUGUAAAAAUCCAAGGCAACCCCGAGCAAUCUUGGAAUAAAAAGAAAAGUAUUUUCACU